AUGGCAUCCAAAGAGUCGAUGAAGGCGGUUGUGUUCAAGGGCAAACUGCAAAUUGUAGUUGAGGAUAGACCCAUCCCCAAAAUCCAAGACCCCAAAGAUAUCAUUGUCAAAGUCAGGUACACUGCGCUUUGUGGAAGCGAACUUCACGUCUUUCGUGGCCAUCAGCCGUCGGGCACUGGCUUCAUCAUGGGCCACGAAUUCACGGGGGACGUAGUUGAAACAGGCUCCGAUGUCAAAACAGUCAAGAAAGGCGACAAGAUCGUCACUCCCUUCACCACCAACUGCGGAGAAUGCUUUUAUUGCCAGAGAGGCUUCUCAUCGCGUUGCGAGAAAUGCCAACUGUUCGGAACGGUGACCCUCAAUGGUGGGCAAGCGGAAUACUGUCGAAUCCCGCUGGCAGACAGCACUGUCAUCAAGGCCCCAGCGAGUAUUCAGGAGAACAAGCUUGUGCUGAUGGCCGACAUCUUUCCGACAGGAUAUUUUGCUGCCGCCAAUGCGUUCCGAGGGAUGGAUCAGGAUGUGAUAUCGCAGAGUGUCGUCCUUUUGAUCGGGUGCGGACCGGUUGGACUCUGUGCGUUGAUCUGCGCUCUUGAGUACAAGCCCAAGGCUGUCCUGGCCAUUGAUGGCGUUGAGGCCCGUUUGGAGCAGGCGAGAAAGCUUGGUGCCGAACCCUGGAAUUACCAAAAGGAUAUGGAAGGCCUGAAAAAGCGAGUACUGGAACUCUCCGACGGAAGAGGAGCAGAUACGGCAAUCGAGCUAGUAGGUCAAAGCAGCGCGCUGGGCAUGGCUUUUGAACUGCUGAGGCCGUGGGGCAAUAUUUCCAGUAUCGGCGUACACAACGGAGAGAUCCCCUGGACAGGCAAUCAGGCAUAUGGGAAGAAUUUGAGGAUCCAGAUGGGCAGAUGUCCAGUUCGGAGCCUUUUUGAAGAAGCUUUGGACAUGCUUGCAAAGAAACAGGACCAGUUGGACUUCAUGACUGACAAUCUCAAGCCUCUUUCGGAGGCCGUCAAAUGGUACGAUGAGUUCAACAACAUGAGAGUUCAAAAGGUGGUUUUUGAAGCAGAUAAAUGA